UUGAAAAUCUUGUCAUCCCAUAGGUAAAAGUUAUGAGCCCAAACCGAAGCAUAUCACUGUGUAUAGGCAUGGUUAUGACUCUGGGCUUUGGCAGUGGAAGAUGAUCAAACGUAUUGCUUUCUUUGGCUUGGGAUUUGUCUUAUGGCUUCAAGGCGUAGCUUGUCUUGUCCUUCUGAAGAGCUACAUUGUGAUUAUCAUCUUUCUCUAUGUCUUCCUUCCCCUGCUAUUUCACUAUUGUGAAUGUGUCAAGACUCAUCUUAUUUUCUUACCUUUUGUGAGGUGGCCACGAAACAUCGACUUCAGGAGGCCUGAAAGACUAGAACUCAAUGGGACAAGAAACUUCUACCUUCAGACAGAAGACAACAUUAGCCUUGGAGUCUGGCAUAUUCUCCCACUGUCAAUGGUGGAAAAGGGUGACAAAUCAGAGAAUGAAUACAUAGAAUCCUUGCAGUCAUCCCACCGAAUUGUCAUCUACAUGCAUGGCAACACAGCUUCACGUGCUGGGCCUCACCGUGUUGAACUCUAUAAAGUGCUGAGGGCACUUGACUAUCAUAUCAUCACCUUUGACUACCGAGGUUAUGCUGAUUCAACAUGGCAACAGCCAUCAGAGGAUGGAGUUGUAUCAGAUGCAAAAGCUGUCUACCGUUGGGUUGCAUCUCAUGCUGGGGAAACCCCUAUAUUUAUUUGGGGACAUUCUCUUGGUACUGGGUUGCUGAAAUUGAAGACAAAUUUUCUUUCCACAGGUGAAAGCUUCAGGGGAUUGAUACUAGAAUCACCCUUCAACAAUAUGAAAGAUGAACUCAGAAAUCAUCCCAUGGCCUCAAUCUAUCGGAAAAUGCCCUUCUUUGACUGGCUCUUCCUGGGUGGUUUGAGUAAAAGCAGACUGGAGUUUGAAUCAUCCAGGCAUAUCCUCAAAGUUAAUGUCCCUGUGCUGAUCCUACAUGCUGAGGAUGAUCUUGUUGUUCCAUACAUUCUUGGAGUCAAGCUUUAUGAACAUGCCAAGAAAAACCGACCAAGAGAAUAUCCGCCUUUGAUGUUUGUCAAGUUUGACAGUGAGUUGGGCCAUGGACACAGAUAUAUCUGCCGAUCUCCUCAUCUCCCCAGCAUCAUCAGGUCAGGCUUCAUGCAAGGCACAGUCUUCUAA